UCUUGGUAUCUUCCAUGAGAUUAGAGAGGGGUUUAUCUUGGAAGAACUCUAGCUGUUAACCAUGGCUAUAAAGGGCUCAUCGAGAGAUUACCUCGCCUUAUUAACUAUGGUGAUUAGUUAGUUUAACUUCUUCUUUUCUACGAUCUUGGCCUGCUGAAGAGAGUUAAAGAGGAAGACAGUGUGUCCCAUCGCAUCGCGGCAGUGCAUGGACUGGCCGUUAGGUCUAUGACAGGUGACACAUGCUCCAUCAUCGAAUAUCUUACCCUCACCGGCUUUGUCGCUGCACUCGUUUCUCGCUCCGACUUUCUAGAGAGUGAGUGAGAUUCUCCUGGUAGGGCUCUAGUUUGUUCGUUGGUUGAGGGGAAUCUGAUUGUGGCGCAAAGAAUUUGAUUCCAUUAUCAGAAUGGCCAUAUUUUUAGGGUGAAAUCAUGAUCCAUGUGGGUGAACCUAUAUAUUUGUGUAGCUUUUUAUUUCAAGCAUCUUGAUUUGUACCCUUGGACAAGCUAAGCCAUGAGCAGCGUGAGCAUUGAUGGUUCAUUACAUUGAUGAUAUUGUUUGUUGGAAAUUGUUUGCUCUCAUCUCAUUACCGAUACAAUUUGCCUCCUUGAUGUGGCACAAGGCAGGAGCUACCGUACACUGACUGUUUCUUUUUGUCAGUCUUUAUGUCAAAGAUUAGAACCUCAGUAGUUCCAUUCAGACAAAGAUGAUUAUUUCAGUUCUAGAUCACACAUUCAACAAUGACUACCCAUCGAAGAACCGCAUUGAGGGGAGAUCACUUGGUUGGAAGCGUGUAUUUGUUCAAACUGAUAAUGGCUCUGUCUUAGGCAUUGAACUGGAGUGAGGAGAAAAUGCACACAUGGUAAAAAAGAAGCUACAAUUAGCCCUUAAUAUUCCACCGAAGAGAGUUCACUGACAUGUGGUAAUCAACUUUUGAACAAUGAUCUCAGCUAUAUUUGUCAUGAUUCACCAUUGCUUCUCACUAGAAAUCACAUCCACAGAAGUUGCUCCACCCCUUGCCUCUCUCCUAUUGGAAAGGAAGUUCAACAUGGUGAUCAUAGUAGAGUAAUUGAAAUCGUGGGUUGCACAAGCCCUUCUGCGAGGAUGAAGCAGUUAGUUAAUGAUAUUGUUCAAGGAAUUGAUAAAGGCAUUAAACCAGUAUCUAUCUGCAGAGGGAUGGGUGGUGCCUACUAUUUUAGAGACAUGUGAGGUGAGCAUGUUGCAAUAGUUAAGCCAACCGAUGAGGAACCAUUUGCUCCAAAUAAUCCUAAAGGUUUUGUAGGGAAGUCCCUUGGACUACCAGGCCUUAAAAAGUCAGUUCGUGUUGGUGAAACAGGGUCUCGAGAGGUCGCUGCAUACCUCCAGGAUUACAAGAACUUUGUAAAUAUACCUCCUACUAUGCUAGUAAAGAUCACCCAUAGUGUGUUCCAUAUGAAUGAAGGAGUCAACUAAAAAAUGAAGGCCAAUGGCAACAAAACACAAGCUCUUAGCAAGCUUGCUUCUUUGCAACAAUUCAUUCCUCAUGACUAUGAUGCCAAUGACCUUGGAAAUAUUCUAGUCAGGAAGCUUCCAACUGGUGCCGACAAAUUCGAAACGCUGACAGAACUUAUUCCUAUUGAUCACGGCCUUUGUCUUCCAGAAAGCCUAGAGGACCCUUACUUUGAAUGGAUUCAUUGGCCACAAGCAUCUAUUCCUUUCUCUGAGGAAGAACUUGAAUAUAUUGCAAACCUAGACCCUAUAAAAGAUGCUGAAAUGCUUCGCAUGGAGCUGCAUAUGAUCCAUGAGGCAAGUCUUAGGGUGUUGGUCAUCUCAACAACAUUUCUCAAGGAAGCUACUGCCUAUGGCUUUUGCUUGUCUGAGAUAGGAGAGAUGAUGAGUCGACAAUUUAGUAGAAAAAAGGAGGAGCCAAGUGAGCUUGAGGUUGUGUGCAUGGAGGCAAAGAAGUGGGUUGAGGAAGGAGAGUGGUUGCUUCCAGGAGCUAACUUUGAAGGAGACUAUGAUAAUGAGCCCACUCAUUUUGAUCUUGACUAUGAGGAUGAUCCAGUUGCAUUUGAAGCAUCGUUUGUCAACAAAUUGAACCAUGUUAAAGGCAAUUCCAAAAACCCACUAUCAAAAUUAGCUAAAGUAAAUGAAGAUGAAGGUGAUAAUAGUGAGUUCAAAAAGCAUGAUGCGGACAUUUGCACAAGUCCAGAUACUACUAGGGCUACUUUUGCCUCAAAGUUAUUGAUUUCACCAAAAAAGCUUAGUUUUAGUGGAAGAAACAAAUGGCGCCAUACCCGUGCAACUAAUAAAAAUAACAAGUAUGGUAGUAAUCGUAGUGAGCAUAACCGUGGAGGUUGGAGCGCUAAUGAGAUGCUACCACUCACCUCGAGUUUCGUGAGGUUAUCAGACCUAAGUGUUAUCGAAUGGAGUGCAUUUCUUGAGAAGUUUCAGACUAUACUUCCAAGCAUGUUCCAAGAUCGAAAGUAAAAUGCAUCACGUAAUCCAUGGUUGAUUCAGAGGUUGGGCACUUCUUGUCAGUUUUAAAAUGGUAGCGAAGAUUACAAGGUAAAGUAAUGUAGGUCAAACCAAGUUGUAUUGUUGAGAUGAUGUGUUCUACCAUGGUAGCAGAUGCAUUAACCCUUUACUAGGAGGUCAAGGAGAAUAAAUUUGUCUCUAAUGUACAUACCAGAAUGUUCAAGAUAAGAAAAUAGAGCAUGUGUGCUAUGUCUGUACAUACUUUCUAACUUUAUAUGUGUUGUUUUCAUCUUGUACAUAUUAACAUAUGCACUGUAGCAUCAAUCACCGUAUGGGCUAUUAUUGGGAUCGAGAGCACAACUGUGAUUGACCAUUUUAUGCAUUCUAAAUAUU